AUGUCACGUGGACAAGAUGAAUCAAUAACGGUUUUUUUGGGAGAUUUAUCACGUGAUGCAACAAAAGAAGAAGUUGAAAAAACAUUUAGUUAUUAUGGAAAAUUACGUAAUGUUUGGCUUUCACGUAGUCCAUGGGGUUAUGGUUUUAUUGAUUUUGAAGAUCAACGUGAUGCAGCUGAUGCUGUUAAAGCUCUUGAUGGAAAAAUGAUAUGUGGUUCACGUGUUCGUGUUGAAUUUUCUCAUGGUCGUGGUCGAUCAAAUCGAGGUGGUCGGGUUCGACGUCGUUCCGGUAGUCGAUCACCUCGAACAAGAAAACCUUUUAGUCCACAUGAUGUUUGUUAUGAAUGUGGAGAUCGUGGUCAUUAUGCUUAUGAUUGUGAAAUUCGAUUAAGACGGCAGCGUCGUAUGAGAUCCAGUUCACGUAGUAAAAGUCGAAGUCGAAGUCGAAGUCCUAGACAAACAGCCAAUGGUCAUUCAUCAAGACGUGAUGACAAAAGUCGUAGUCGUUCUGAAAGUAAUCGAUCAUCAAAGGAUCGUGAACGUUCAUAUAGCCGUUCUCGAUCACGUUCACGUUCGAGAUCGGAUAGUCCAGCUCGAUCAAAAGAACGACGAUCACGUUCACGAACACGGUCAAGAUCAAGAUCUCGUGUAAUUGACGUCAAUGAUGAUCCAAAUUGUGCAAAAUGUGAUGGUCGAGCAGUAUGCAUACGUCUAUUGAAUAAAAGUGGUGUCAGCUGUGUAUGUCUUCCUGGAUUUGCUCUGUCAUCUUCAACAGGUCGUUGUAUUCUUCAAGAAAUCCCGUACAAUGGUAUAUGCGAUAGUCGUUAUGAAUGUUUUAAUGGAGGUUAUUGUUCAAAUGUGACAAGUAAAUGUGUAUGUUUAUCAGGUUAUGGUGGUCUUAUGUGUGAAUUAGAUAUAAAUGAAUGUGCGAUUAAUGAUCGAAUUUGUGGUUCAUAUUCUUGUACAAAUCUACCGGGAGAUUAUAAAUGUGAUUGUGAUUUUUUUCAUUCAGGAAAGCAAUGUCAAAAAAUUAGUGCUGUAGGUCUUUUUGUAGUAAUUAUUUCAUCAAUUGCAGUCGUAUUAAUCUUUAUCUUCCUUGUUUUAUUUGCUAUUCGUACAUUUUUUACUUAUCGUUUAUCACAACGAGUUUCAAGAGAACGUGAACUUCAAAUUCAAAAUCCAUGUUUAGCUACACUAACAACCGGUGGUAUGAGAGGAGAUGAUCUAUUAUCAAAUGGCCUAUCCUUUAUUCGUCCUGUAGGUCAUCGAAUCUAUGUACCAAUGGAAACAAGUUUUGUUAAUGCAAUGCGUUAUCAAGCCAAUAUAGAUGAUGAUGAGAAAAAACAAAUUGAAUCACCACCGAAAUAUAUUACAAAUCUUGAUGAUUCAGUGAUUAAUAUUAAUUCGAAUUAA